AUGUCGUUUUCUCAAUUAUCAUGUUCAGAUUCAAUUAUUUGCACAGCUAUUCUAUGUUUGGAAUCAAUUGUUUUAAAAUAUUCAUUUUUUAAUAUAACAAAAUGUAUUCCAUCAUCACUUAAUUUAGAUUCAAAUCUAUAUUUAAUACCUCAAUAUAAUAAUUAUUCAAAUAUUGAAGAGAAAUAUUUCACUAAUGGUUUUAUUUGUUCAUAUUGUACACGAAAAAAUUUUCUACAAUAUAAUUCAAAUAGAUUUGAUAAAUGUUCAAAAUAUAUAACAAAGAUUGAAUUAAGAAAUUUUUGUCAAUAUUCAUUUCUAUAUAGAACAAAAGAAAAUAUAUGUCAAUGUUUAUUAACUAAUCAAACUAUUCAACCAAUUAAUAAAUGGAUUAAAACUUUUGUUAAACUUGGUAAAAGUCAUAUGAAUCCAAUUCGAGUUAAUAAUAUAAAUAAAUCAUCUGGAAAUUUUUUACAUAUGGCAUCUGCAACAGCACGUUAUCCAUUAAAACCAAAAACUUUAACUUUACUUGAAUUAUGUCAAUCAUUUCAUGAUUUUCGUCAUCCACCAGUAUCAUUAUCAUCAUAUCAAUCUCAAUCAUCAUCAUCAUCAUCAUCAUCAUCAAAUUCUUCACAUGUUCUUACUCGUCGUAUUUAUCUUCAUCCAUUAACAUUAAAUCCACAUUCAAAACAACAUUCAUUAAAACAUUCUUCUGUUCAUUCUCUUACAACAUUUGAUCAUGAACAACGUUCUCAUCAAUUAAAUUCUGAUAAAAAUCGUGAAAUACAUCAUAUUAAAAAUAAAUCAUCAUUUCAUGGUCUUGCUGUUCUUUCAUCAUCAGCACCAAUAACAACACGUAUCAAUACAAAAUCUGAUACUCGACAUAUUCGAGAUAAACAAUUUCUAAAUAUUGAUGAAGAUAUAAAUAGUGAUUAUGAUGUUAGUACAUUAACUAUAUCAUCAAGUCAACCUAGUUUACAAUCACUUACACGUGGUACAUCAUCAAGUACACAUACAAUAUGUACACGUCCAUCAUGUGUAAUGAAUAAUCGAAAAACUUAUUUUAAAUCAAAUCAUUGGGAUAAAGUUGAUGUAUGGAAUCAUUUAGAUCGAACAUUAGAACGACCAAUGCCAACUGAUCCACCAACAACACCAUUUAAUACUGUUGUAGAUUUAAAUAAAGAAAAUGAUGAAUUACAAGAACAAUAUUCAAAUUAUAAUUCUAUUCAAGAAAUUAAAAUCUAUAAACGAAAUCCAAUACAAAAAACAAAUAUAGAUCAAAAUGAUGAUAAUGAUAAUUAUGAUGAUUAUUCUAUGUAUUAUGAAAAUUAA